UCGCGCGCUCCUCCGGCUCACUCCGCGUCCGCGACUCGUCCACGUCGCACGUCGACCGUACCCGCGAGCCUUGCCCAGUGCCGUGCCGUGCAGUGCCACCGAACUUUACCGAGCGAUGCGAGGCUCUCGCUCCGGGAGAGCGAUCUGAGCGAAAGGGUUGGAGCGUGCAGCGGGCGGGCGGGUUCGGGCGGCGCUGAGCCGCGCACGCGCCCUCAGCUUCCGCGCUCGCGGCACACGCGUCCGCACCGGCACGCGCGAUGGACGACAAGCCGGCCGGCGAGGAGCACUACAGCCUGCGCUGGAACAACCACCAGGCGCAUCUGCUGCGCUCCUUCGAGGCGCUGCUGCACGCGGAGACGCUCGUCGACGUCACGCUCGUGUGCGCCGAGCGCCGCGUCCGCGCGCACAAGGUGCUACUCGGCGCGUGCAGCCCGCUGUUCCGCCGCAUCUUCAGCGAGAAUCCGUGCAAGCACCCGGUGAUCGUGCUUAAGGACUUCCAGGGAUGGGAGGUGCAGGCGGUGGUGGACUUCAUGUACCGCGGGGAGGUGUCGGUGGCGCAGGAGCAACUGGGAACCGUGAUCCGCGCCGGCGAGUCGCUGCAGGUGCGAGGCCUGGCCGACCAGGACGCGGCCGACUGCGCCGAGGCCGAGCGCUCUCCCGCCGGCACGCCGCAGGGCCCGGCCGCGUCGCCGCCCGCCAGCCCGCACAGCCCGCAGCCGCGCCGCAAGCAGGCGCGUCCGCGACGCCGCUCCGGAGAGUCAGACACGCCAGAGAACCUGUCCAUGCGCCGCUCGCCCGGCGGGCUCAAGGCGGUGCGCCUGGCGCGAGGCCGCUCGCCACACAAGCAAGAGCCCGAAGAGCCCGAGCCCGAAGCACCUCCGCCGCCGAGGAUGUUCCCGCCGCACCAGGACCUGUUCCCGCCACCCUCGGCAGUUUCUGCGUUGUCCCUGACGCCCCCACACAUGUUUGGUAUGGAGUCACCCCUGGGCCUGUUCCCACCAGGCAUGGAGCACAAGAUGUAUCCUCUGAUGGAUGUGGAACACCGCCCGCCACCCCUCGACGCACAGCUUUUCACGAGUGUAAAGAAAAAAUGGCGACCGAAGGGCCAGCACAGUGCGCCGCGUGGUGGCCCGCCUCGAUCCUGGACAAAUGCAGAACUAACGGAAGCUUUACAACACGUCUGGAACAAGAAAAUGACCACGAGCCAAGCAUCACGGAUAUUCGGUAUACCAUACAACUCACUGCUAAUGUACGUGCGGGGUAAAUACGGCAAGAGUUUAAAACUCGAGCAGCUAAGGAAAGAUUGCAUCGGAGGGCCACUAGAAGUGUUAAAUCUGAACUCCGGAAACAACAACAACAACCACCCAUCGAGCAAACACCAUGAGAAAGACGAGCACCAUCAGAACACUGGCCAAAGGCCGGCGAGUUCAGAGCCGGAUAUAUCCUCGAAUCCAAUGUUUAAUCCAUUCCAGCAAGGGUUCUAUCCAGAGUUCCCGCCAGGGUUUCCGAUGCCGCUGAACAUGCUGCAUCUUCUACCGCCGAGUGAGAAAGCAAGAGAGUUGUAUCAGUCAAUGCCGAUGGCGUUGGAUUCGCUUUCGGGGGUCACGAAGGAAGAGGACUGUAAGAGUGAUAGGUCAAAGGAGAAUUCUGCGGACGAGGAAGGAGAUCCGUAUAGGCCCGGGCACGCUCCGCAUGCGCCGGAUAAUCGUACGCUGCUCCACCAUAAUGGACAGGACUAAGCUUUCCAUCUUCAUUAGCUGAAACCUUCCUCCACUGUACCUUCUUUGCAACUCGUCUGUCUCUGACGCUUGUAAAUCUUUAUCCUUCUCUUUUCUAUACCCGCGUGGCGAAAAGGACAUAAGAGAUUGCGAUUUGCGCCACUAGAACCGGGAUCCGUAUAAUUUAUGGACGUGCAAUCGCUCAGGUACGCUAUACGAGUAAUGAAA